UGUGCCCACGUCUCCGGAGCAGCAGAUAUGACAACGUGGGGAGUGAGUGCGGAUUUAUCAUUUUAGAACGGAAGAAUGACCAAUCUGGUGGAAGUUUUACUUACAUAUCAAUGGAAAAGUAUAGAUUUAGUGUCAAGUGUCAAGAAAAUGGUAAAUUGAGAGAGAUAUGCGCAUUUCAGCCAAAUCGACUCCCACCCCCUUAUCUGUGAUAGUCUCCACCAUAUCCACCCCUAGAAUGCUCAAUCACCAAACCCCGCGAAAAACCCUCCUGUUCGCCCUCCUCAUCAUAGCAAUAAUUUUCCUAACACAGCCCCAAAACUCGUCACUUUUCAACCAGAUUUACUACUUUUUCAACCCCAAAGAGAGCAUCCAAUGCUACCACAACAAAUCCCACACACUUCCCGACAUAUCGGACACACGUCCAGCCAAAGGAAGGUCCAUUUUCUUCCACGAAACCUCUUGUAAUUCCUUUCACAACGGAAAAAUCACCAUCACGGCCCGACAGGCGUGCGCCGUCGAAUCCGCCGCGAGGCUCAAUCCCAACUUUGAGGUCCAUCUCCUGUUUGCAUCCCCAGGGAUUUUCCGGUUCGAGGGGACGCAAUCCGACAGAUUUCUGCAAAAUUUAUUGACUUAUCCCAAUGUGAGGAUCCACCAUGUCGACUACGAGAGGUACACGAAGGACACUCCCGUCGAGGAUUUGUACAAAAGGGGCGAAAUCGAGCUCUCGGGCUACGCCCAGUCGCACGCCAGCGAUGUCCUAAGAUACAUAACCCUAUGGAAAUUCGGCGGAAUCUACCUCGACUUGGACGUGAUCGUCACCAAACCCCUUGAGGGCCUCCCCCCGAACUACGCAGGCUCGGAAUCGGACCGAAAUGUGGCCGCGGGCGUCCUCAGCUUCACCCCCGAGGGUCUGGGCCACGAACUAGCCCAACGUUGUCUCCAAGACCUCAGCGAGAAUUUCAAAGGCUACGAUUGGGGCUACAACGGCCCUGGCGUCAUCACACGUCUCCUCAAGCAGCUCUGCGGCGUGGAAACGGCCAAUGAAAUGGUGCAGAAGGACUGUCAAGGAUUCAGGGUAUUCCCCGUCGAGGCUUUCUACCCCAUCCCUUGGUGGGACUGGAAGCUGUAUUUCGAUGAAAAUUUCACGGAAAAAGUGCUCAAUAUUUCGAAAAAUAGUCACGUGAUUCAUGUGUGGAAUAAGCACAGUGGCGGCACGAGGGUUGCGGCGAGGGGGAAUUCGGCGUAUGCCGUUUUAGCUCAAAAGUUUUGUCCCGGGAUUGUCAACGAUUGCGGGUAUUUUUUCUAAUCGUUGGUAAUACAUAUCGCUCCAAGUUAUUAUCCUCUUAGAUCACUACAAUAAACUACAGUAUUUACGCAUUGUGAUUGUUGUUAAUCGGUUGGCAAUAAAUUUUUGACCAAAUUGGUGUUUUAUUCACUCUCUCUAGUGUAAUUAUGGCUACGAAACUGAAACUUAAUUUGACAGAUAACUGGAAAAUCAUUUUUGAUCACCUUGUACCCACGUUGUUUGUCAUUCAACUGGCAUAAAA